GAACUCCUUUGUACAAAGCGGUGUGACCAACAAAAGAAAAAAGAUGACAGAAAUAACACUCCGCUAUGAUGCUAUACAAAAGAGUAUUGGAGGUUCUGAUGCCUACUACAAUGAUGCAGUAGAACAGGCAGCAAGCUUUAACUUGAGGUUAAAGAAUGAUCGAAAAAUGAGGCUUCCUUUCCUGGACUCACAGACUGGAGUUGCUCAAAGCCACACAGAUCUAUGGCAUACUUACAGGCACAGACAGCCAGGCAAGUUUCCUGGUCAGAUCUACUCGUAUCCUGAGAGACGGUGGAAGAAGAAGCGUCAUUACUUCCUGUUCCCGGAAGAACGGACAGCUAAAAGCAGUGAAAUAGAGACGGGUGAAUCUGAAACUUGUACUCCACGACGCAAACAGCGGCCCGAGUUGGUACAGCCAGAUAUGCAUCAGAUAAGCACUGUGGAGAACCCUGCUGCGAGGGCGGAGGGUGAGGAGUUUGGGGACCUGAAAAGUGAGACGAGUAAAGACAAGUGGUACGAUGACUAUGAUGAGUAUAUGGAACCGCCAGAUGCUGGGGAAAUGUGUGACGACCAGUCUGAUAUCAGUGACUUUGAACAAGAGUACAUCAAGAAAAGGAAACGCAAGGGCAAGGGUGGUGGACGAGGUCGUAAGAAGAGAACAGCUGACAGGGAAGAUAAGGAAAAGAUUGAUGAAGAGAAAGAAAAGCCAUAUGCCUGCGAAGUGUGUAAUGCCCGUUACAAGACACGUCCAGGACUAUCAUACCACUACAAUCAUUUCCACAAUGGUAUGAUGGAACCAGAAGAACCGGAACCGUCACCCAAGUCUGUUGUUAAGACUCCUCCCAAACUGGAGAAGGAGGAGAGAGUGAAACAAACUCCCAUUAUAAUAUUGCCAGAGCGUGGAGAAGAUGGUAAAAUACAGAACAGUAACUACAUAUAUGUCUGCGAUUUCUGUCUCCCAGAUGCUGAUGAACAAGAACUGUCAGCCAGAACUGUGUCCAUUAUAAUGGUAUGUAUUUCAGGACAUCCUUCUUGUCUGCAGUUUACUAACAACAUGACUAUAUCAGUGAAGAAAUAUCCAUGGCAAUGUAUUGAGUGUAAAUCAUGCGGACUUUGUGGAACUUCAGAAAAUGAUGAGCAGUUACUGUUCUGUGACGACUGUGACCGUGGUUACCACAUGUACUGCUUGAACCCACCACUCAAUGAGGCACCAGAAGGAAACUGGAGUUGUCAUCUGUGUAUUGAAGAGUUCCACGGGGGCAAGAAGCCAGCUGGCAUGGUGUAAACUGUUCAAUGUUCACUAUAUUAUGUCGUGAUUACACUUACAUAAUGGAAGAGGAAAAUAUUAACAUGUUCAUUGUAUUAUUGUGUAAAUUUUGGAUCUGAUUUUACAUCAAAGUGUACAGACAUGGACACAUGGUGUUAGUGUAUGAUGUUGUAAAUCUCGUCAGACGAUGAGCAUAUAGAAAGUCGGGAAAACUUCUGCCAGGAGACUAUAAAUUGGAUAGCAGGCUUUUGACAUUAGUCAUAAACUUUACUUGGCCAUCUUUGUUUCCGCAGUGUCACAUUCUUUGUUAAUUUUUUGGACUGGAGAUAGUUUACCAUAUGCCUUAUUUUGCAGUUGUUACCUGACUCACUACUUUUCAAGGUGACAUUGGAGUUUGGACAAAUUGUUCAGCUGCUAUAAAUGCACUCUGGUUUAUUUUUAUCCCAGUGGAGUUAAUUGACCAUAGAUUAACCUAGAACCAGCUACAGAUCCUCGCUGGAAUACCAGCCAAUGUUGCGCCUUUGAGCAGAAUUCUCAUGUAAAAUGUAACUCAAUACAGAUCCUUUGAAUGAAUUCCACGAGUAUAGAGGAGAUAUUUUACAUCUACUGCAUGGCACUAAGACUGUUGUGAUAGUUUGACAUUUUUAGAAGAGCUUUUAAAAGCUUAGGAAGUAAGCAAACAUAAUAAUAACAGACCUGGAUUGAUCAGGUCUGUUUAUGAGAGAUACAGAAAAAUGCAACAUCCAUCAUAUCCCCUAGCAGCGGCUUAAGUAUAGAGAUGGAUCCCCAAAGGACCAAAAUACAUGUAUAUACAUGUUUUGUAUUAACUAAGUUCAAGCACCUGCAGAUGCUAUAACAGGAAACAAAUAUAUGUUUUCUUGCAUUACGCAAAUAAAAACUUAAAUAUUAUGUUUUUUAGCAUAACUUAAUGUUCAUAUAAUGCCUGGGAGUGUGAACAUUGUCUGAAGAUAAUGAGAUGGGUGUGUUAACACUUUCAGGGGUCACGCUGUCGAUCGCCACUUGAGCCAUUUGCGACAAAAAAUUAAAUGUGGCUCCGAAAUUUUCUAAUUGGCGAAAAUGGCCCGAAGCUAUGUCUGUCUGCAAAACUACAAAUAUUGCCAGUUUUACGAACCAAAAGGUGUGAAAAAUCGAUAAUCUGUGUAGACACAACAUCCGUUAUUGAAAGGGAGGGAGCCAAUUUGCAAAAUUUUUAUUUGAUCAGGCAGUUAAUUGGCGAUAAUUAGAUUAUACUUCUUUGAUAAUUAUAAUCAUCAAUUUGUGCACUUGAUACGAUUUUAUGAGCAGUCGGCCGUUAGACAAAUUUUCUAUGAUUGCCGAGGGUUAGUUUGGGCAAAAACAAAUAAAAAUGCUUUAGACAAGCAGAAAUUGUAAGUAUUGAAUAGCUAUGAUGAUAGAAAAGCAAUAAAACAUAGGUAUUUUAUCAAAUAUUUAAUUCCAACUUACGUUUUCCGAAUUUGUCACCCGUUUUCGCGACAUUGAUUUUCGGAUAUUUCUGUCAUUUCUGACGAGAUUUUUUAGUGCAGCCUUAAUAAAAAGCCAAGAAAAAGUCUACAUUUAAGAAAAAUAUGACAACUGUUGCAAAAGGAGCUCUUACUUUGAAGUAUUUUUCGAGAAUAAAACAUGCGAAGGCAUCGAACCCCACCCACUUAUAGGCAAUGUGCAAAAUAAGACUGUUUUUUUAAACAAUUUUUUUUAAAUGUGAUUUUCAGAAUUUUUUUAUUAAAUGGAGAUUAAAAAAAAUAAUAAUUUUAGAAAUUAACACAAAUUGAUUUUCUAAAUAGCUUUUUAAAGGGUUACUAAGAAAUAUGUAAUAUGUAAUAACUACAUUAAUUUCUUGAGUAGUAUGAGUACUUUGGUACAUAUAAUGUAGUCCUACAAGAACAUCAAUGCUAUGCGCUUCGCCGUUGUUGGCCUCAUAAUUUUAUCUUCGGAAAAAGCAGUGGCUCAGAGAAAAAAAUUCCCAGUGUGACCCCUGCACUUUGCAAGUGUUGAUAUGGAAUUGUACACAUUAUACAACAAUGUUAACGUGAACAUUGUGUGUGACAGUGUUGAGAUAGGAAUGAGGAUUUUGUUUGACAGUAAACAUGACAAUGUUGAUGUGGAGGUGUGAACAUUGUGUGAUGAUGUUUAGAUGGAGGUGUGAACAUUGUGCGACGAUGUUAAGAUGGAGAUGUGAACGUUGUAUGUCCAUGUUGAUAUAGAGGUGUGAACAUUGUGUGAUGAUGUUGAGAUGGAGGUGUGAACAUUGUGUGACGAUGUUAAGAUGGAGAUGUGAAUUUUGUAUGACCAUGUUGAUAAGGAGGUAUGAACAUUGUAUGACCAUGUUAAUAUGGAGGUGUGAACAUUGUAUGACCAUGUUGAAAUAGAGGUGUGAAUGUUGAAUGAUGAUGUCAAGAUGGGGAUGUGAAUGUUAUACAACAGUGUUAAUAUGGGAAUGUGAACGUCAUGUGUGAUGAUGUUGAGAUGGGAAUGAGAACUUUGUUUGACGGUGUCGAGAUGAGAAUGUGAAAAUAGGUAACAAUGUUGAGAUGGAGAUGUGACGAUGUUUAGAUGGAGUUGUGGACAUUGUGUGAUGAUGUCGAGAUGGCAGUGUGAACAGUGACGAUAUUGAUACGGCAGUGUGAAUGUUGUGUGUCGAUGUUAAGAUGGGAAUGUGAACUGUAUAAACUUGUUUUAGAGAGAUAUGAAACAUUUUUGUGUCAGCAGUGUCAAACCAUGCUUGUGUAAUUUUGUCAACUUUCCUUCUUAGCUCACCUGAGCACAAAGUGCUCCUGGUGAGCUAUUGUGAUCACGCUGUGUCUGUCGUGCAUCCAUCGUCAACAAUUUCUUUAGACAACAUCUCCUCCAAAACCACUGCACAGAUUUUGAUGAAACUUGUCCUGAAUGUCCUUUGUGGUGGUCCGUUUCCAAAGUUGUUCAAACAGUUGCACAUAGGGGAAGCCAGAGCUAAAAAUAGAAAAGUGACAUCUCCUAAACCGCUUGUUCGAUUUUGAAGUAAUUUCACACAAAUGGUCCGUUUAUAACCCUCUAUCAGGAUUGUUCAAAUUAUCCCAAUUCGUAAAAAAACUUGGCUGCCAGGGGAUGUGGUGACUUUUCCCAAUAUGUAUGUACUGGAAAGUUCAAAAAUCUUCUUGUUGGAAAAUAUUAAAAUAAUUUCACAUAAAUGGUCCUUGAAUCCAUUAGCAAGAUUGUUCAUAUAAUUGUGAUCCGUCAAAAAACAUGGCAGCCAGAGGGUAUGUGUAAAGUAAAAGUCUUCUAGAACCAGUCAAAAACAGCAGGCAGAGUUUUAAAAUGAUUUUAUACAAAUGUUCCUUUGGUGACCCUUUAUGAAAUUGUUCAAAUUAUUCUGGUUCGUAAAAAAUAUGGCAGGCAGGGGGCAUGGUCACUUUUCCCUAUAUUCAUAUAGUGGAGCCUUAAAAAAUCUCAUUGUCAGAAACUGCUAGCCCUUUACAAAGAUUGUGCACAUAAACUACUUCACAUACAUUUUCCUUGCAUAAUUAUCUUCCAAAACUGUUCAAGCAAGAAGUGUAAAUCAGGUGAGCGACCAAAGGCAUUCAUGGCCCUCCUGUUUUUGUUAAAAUAUUUGUAGAUUCUCGUCAUUAUUUAUUUGGCAUAUCCAUUGAUUUGAACAAAAUAAGCAUAUUUACAUUUUGCCAUUCAUUGUACAUGUAUGCAUAGAAAGAUGUUUGAACAGCAUGUGAGAAUCUGUUACAUUUUCUCCUCCGUUAACGAGUCUGUGAAAAGCAACAGCUAUAUUAUAUAUGUUAUGUCAAUAUUGUUGCCUUUUCUACAUGUGAUGAAGUAGUGCACAUGUAUGUUGUAAGGAUACGUUUAUGUAUUAACUGUUAAACUGAUAUUCAAGGAAGGGACACAUGUUUUCUGUUUUGAGCAACCAAGUCCUGAUGGUGGUACUGUUGUAAUUAUGUAAAUGUUAAGAUGUUUAGUUGUAGUACUGGAAGUAAAUAAUAUAAAAUGA